UGAUUCCAUUCUAUAUUUGCUAUAUGUUUCCAAAACUCAAAGCUCCAUUCACAUCCACCUCUCCCAGAAAAAAAUCAAUUGUAGUUGAGAAGGAAAAACUCGCACACAAACAUAAUGUGUGAGGAAGAAAAUGAGAGAGACCACUAUUGGAAAAAGCACCAUCCACUUGCUUUGGUGGAAACUCGCAGCAAAACUGAUAAAUGUUUCAUCUGUAAAAGGAAUUUUAGUAGUGGAGAGAAAGUUUAUGGAUGUGGCGAGAAAUGUCGGUAUCCAAUGCACCAAGAAUGUGCAGGACUGCCGAUGAAGAUUAAACACGCAAUGCACCCACAACACAUACUCUCUCAAGUAUUCCACAACCGUUACGAUACCGAAGCAAAGGCUUGUGCAAUCUGCGGAGAGGUUGCCAAGGGAGUCUUCUACAGAUGCACGAGCGCAGAAUGUAUGUUUGUGAUGCAUAUCAGAUGCGCGCAGGGAAACGGCUUGAUUGAUGCAGCUGAUGAUGACGACGAUGAUGAGCAACGUGGCAGCAUCAUAGAUCAUCCGAGUCACCCCAGACAUAAGCUGAGGUUUACGAGGAAGUGUUGUUCCUUCAUGUGUGAUGCUUGCGGCACCACACACGAGGGGAAGUCUUACAUGUGCUGCAAAGCUAAUUGUCAUUAUUGGAUCCACGAGACAUGCGCAUCCUCGGAUCUAACCAUCAAGAGGGAAGACCACCAUCACCCACUCUCCCUCUCUUUUCAUGUCCCUCCUCUAUAUAUGAAAUAUGACUACAAAUGUGAUGUGUGUAGCCAAUAUUUACUGUCAAAAUAUUGGAUAUAUCAUUGCCAACUUUGCAGCUAUGCUGUCCAUCUCAAAUGCGCGUACAAGAAGUCUCCCCAAGCCAGAGAAAAGAAUGACGAUGAGAAAAGGAUUAUGGUGUUCCCAAUAAGUGAUGUGGGUGAGGACCAAAUUGGAGCUUUUGUAAGGAGACAAGGAGUAAAUAUAUCAAUACCACCCACCCCUCAUCAUGAUGUCGAUUAUGAGUUCCACAAUCACAAACUUAUAUUAGUCCCAUCAUCUCCAGAAGAAGAAGAAGAUAGUGAUGAUGAUGGGGAAGACCAAUAUGGUCGUAAAAAAUCUGAACUAAUAUGUGAUGGGUGCAUUACUCCUAUAUUUCGAAAACAAAGAUCAUUAUCUUCUUCUUCUUCUUCAAGUAGUAAAGAUUGCUGCUACAUGAGUUGUAGCAGUGGCUGCAACUAUAAUCUUCACAUGGCGUGCUUCCACUUGCCACCUCGCCUUCCCUCCAUUCCAUUCCACUCCCAAUCUGGUCACGACCUAAUCCUCGGAUCUUUUGAUGAAAUCCUAUAUGAAUAUUGUCACGUGUGUGGCCUCAGUUCAAAUGGGUUGAUUUACAAGUGCACAAAAUGCUUAUUUAAAGCAGACAUUAAGUGCGCUUCUAUGCCGAACACCAUAUAUCACACGGCUCACCCACAACAUCCCCUCAACCUCCUCGGUAAACACGAUGUUGUUCGGAGACAAGAUUACAAAAUCUCUUGUUGGGCUGAUUGUAAAUCCUCAUAUUUGGAUGAUUAUUACAAGUGCGGCAGCUGUGAGUUCAGUGUGCACGUUGGAUGCGCUAUGGUGUCGACAUCAAAUGCAAGCCGUAGAUGGGACAGGCAUCACCCGUUGCUAUUGACGUACGAUGCCUAUCUCAACCAUCCGGGUGAAUUCUACUGCGAUGAAUGUGAAAUAGAAAUGAAUCCAAAGAGCUGGAUGUAUCAUUGCCGCUGGUGCGAUAUAUCCUUCCAUCCCAAAUGCUUUAUCACCACAUCCGGUCUGGGUAGAAACAUCAAGUUCGGAAAGGAAUAUGUGAAUGCGGCAGCUCAUCCACACCCUCUCGCCUUUCAACUUCUCACCACAAAACGUCGAUGCAACUUUUGCCGUGAGGAUAAUUAUGAAUGGCCUGGAUUUCAUUGUGCAUCAUGCAACUACUUCAUUUGUUACUACAAGUGCGGUAAAAAAAUGCUCGGAGAUGGCGACAUGAAGGUAGUCGAUCGGCCACUAAAAUACAUAGAUAUAUCAUGAUGAUUUACCUUAAUUGGCUCUUGUAUUAAUGCUUUUGUAUGAUCGUUUUAAUUCAAUUUGUCUGUGUGUUUGUUGUUUGUAAUUCAAUGAAAUAUGAGAUGUUCUAUUAAUUUUGUGUCUGUGUUUGUUGCUUGUAAUUCAAUGAAACAUAUAUAAUUGAAUUUUGUUUUAAGGGUU